UGAUCAGUGAGGGGAUUCCCCCUUGCGUAUUUCCCAAGUGAAAAACAAGCACUACAGAUAGGGCUGCUGCUGUGACGAGUCUGCAUUUAUUUACGUCAACCGAAGUCAUGGCCGUCAGACCGUCGACAACGUCAGUGAUGGACACACAGCAGGGGGGAAUGCAGGUCGGCGACAACAACAACAUCUAUUAUAGCAACUGCCACAUCACCAACAUCACCCAUGUCCACAACAAUUGCAAACAGUGUCAUCCAACAGAGGAACAUGAUGUGACACAAGAUGCAUCACGUGACGUCGACCUGAAAUCAACUUCAACAGUGCACACGACUACCAGUGUGAGACUGGUAGACUGUGAGGGGAGAGAAGUGGAGCUGGGGAAUGUGGUGUUUAUUUACCAAAAAGGUGUUUUUUGUAUCUAUGCAGGAGACGGGAUGGUGAUCAUGCAGGAUGAGGAGACUGGGAAGAUCGUCCUAGAACAAAUAAAUGUGGAGGAGCCUUUCAUUUCAUUUCCAUUUUUGUAAGUGCGACGAUCACAUGAUGUAUGCUGUUCACUUCAGUUGUGUAAUCUACCUGAUUGUAUGCUCUGAUUUAAGCAAGAUCAACAAGUCUUAGACAUCAAAAUUCUUCUUCAAUAUUGCAUUCAGCGGCGCUGUAUAUGGUGUUUAUGAUUUUCAUUGAGUUUCUAUUACUCUGUAUGCUAGAUAGAUCGGGCCUGUUAAACUAUAUGACAAACUGCAUGCGUUACAGGCAAUGUGAAACUGGUGUUAUUCUUAAUUACUUUUAAUGUCAACCUUGUGAAAAUUGUUAAUCUGUCUUCUUGACAGCUAUGGGUGUACUUUCAUGUAACG